CGUAAAUUACUCAACUCUCCUCUCCAAAAUAAGAGAGCUUAAUUAGCAUUUUCAAAAUAUGGCUUCAAAGAACAUGAUGAAAAACGCUAUAGCUCUCUUCCUCGCAAUCAACCUCGUCUUCCUUGGCCUCACAAAGGCCCAAUCUCCUCCACCUCAAGCUCCGGUGUGUCCCAGAGACUCGAUCAAUUUCAUAUCUUGUAGCAACGUGUUUCGCCUCAGCUUAAUCCUCAUCAACGAACAAACAGUGUUGCCAUGCUGCACUCUAGUGGCUGGGCUUGACGCCGCUGCGGCAUCUGCCUGUAUCUGCAAUGCCGUUAGAAUCACAAUCUUCAAUUUCUUGACAAUCAAUCUGCGAGUUAACCAGGUUCUUAGACUCUGCCGUAUAGUUCCUCCAGCUGGUUUUAGAUGCGCUUAAUCCUCUCAUACAACUAAAUAACCAGACGACCAAUUCCGUAAUAUCGGAUAAUAAUAUGGUGCAAAGUAUGUUUCUCUAAUAAUCAUAUACGUCUCAAUACCAUCUAUGUUGUUGAAAUAAAGUGAAAACAUUCGUAGUGUUUUCACAUGUUUCGUUUUGAUGUUCUUCAAGUUCGAUUUCCAUAUGUUGUAUGUAUCUCUUUGGUUCAGAUGAUAAGGUAAAAUAAACUUUAUCGUUUUUU